CGCAGGAGGGAGAAGCGGCUGGUUGAAGAUGGCGGAUGGAGACAGUGGGAGCGAGCGCGGCGGUAGCGGAGGGGGAACCGGCAGUGGGUUUCAGCACUUCCAACGUGAGCAAGAAACUCAAGAGCUGGCGUCAAAACGUUUGGAUAUUCAGAACAAACGAUUCUAUCUUGACGUAAAGCAGAACUCCAAGGGCAGGUUCAUCAAGAUUGCCGAGGUAGGAGCCGGAGGCUCAAAGAGCCGCCUGACCCUCUCAAUGUCUGUAGCGGCCGAGUUUCGCGACUACCUCGGGGACUUCAUCGAACAUUACGCCCAGCUCGGCCCCAGUAGCCCAGAACAGAUUGCACAGUCUUCAGGGGGUGAAGAUGGUGGGCCUCGGCGAGCGCUGAAGAGCGAGUUCUUGGUACGGGAGAAUCGCAAGUACUAUCUCGACUUGAAAGAAAACCAGCGCGGCAGAUUCCUGCGGAUCCGGCAAACCAUUAACCGGGGCCCAGGCUUCGGGGUCGGCGGAGGAGGGGGUCCUGGUGGUGGCAUGCAGGCCGGCCAAACUAUUGCCCUGCCAGCGCAGGGACUGAUCGAGUUCCGGGACGCUCUGGCCAAGCUAAUUGAUGACUAUGGAGGGGAGGACGAGGAGCUAACGGGCAGCGGAGCAGGCGGUGGGUACGGCGAGUUACCUGAAGGCACAUCCAUCAUGGUGGACUCUAAGCGUUUCUUUUUUGACGUCGGCUCUAACAAGUAUGGGGUUUUCCUUCGGGUCAGCGAGGUGAAGCCUAGUUACAGGAAUUCCAUCACCGUGCCGUACAAAGCCUGGGGCAAAUUCGGUGGGGCCUUCUGUCGCUAUGCCGAGGAGAUGAAGGAGAUCCAGGAGAGACAGCGGGACAAGAUGUUUGAGAGGAGAGGGGGCGAUGAGUCCGAAGGGGAAGACGUGGACGACGACUGAAUGAAUCAUAGGUUCCCCGCGAUCCAAAAGAAGAAGAAGAAGAAGAAAAAAAAAAAGAGAGUGCGCAAAAUAAAAAAAAAGUCAAUAACAAAUAUCGAGAAGACAAAAACCGCAAACAAGUAAGAAAGAUUAUAACCUGCAUGAGAAUUGAGCAUUAAACAAUAUCGUGGAGUUGAGUACAUUUGACUGCAACAAAACAAAAUAAUAUUUAUUGUCGUGAGUUAAAGCUUGUCAAAAAAAAAAAGAAUUUUAAAUGGGGUUGUUUUAAGGGUGGCUACUAGAGUGCAAAAAUAUUGGAUAAUUCUGAAAACAGACACUGUCUAAAAUGAAUAUACGUAUAUAUAAAUAUAUAUAUAUAUUUUGUUUGGGGAUUAUAGACUUUCAUUUUUGACACAUCAUCAUCCCUCUCCCUUUGCAGACCAGCAAUCAGUUUGUAACCUGACCAGGAUACAAUAUUAAACCUUUUUAAUCCAAUUUUUUUAUUUUUGUGAAGAAAUAAGAAGAGAAAAAAAUAAAUCUUAAUCCGACAGAAAAGCAACUAGGACUUUAUUCUGGCACAUCUUCAUAAUAAAGUAGGAAAUGUUCAAAAAACAAGUACUGACCAGCACCCAUGAUGUUUUUUCUUAUUUUUUCUUACUUAAUUUUUAUUUUGCACACACCUACCUGCCUGUCCAUGUAGUGUUUCAGAGGGAAACAAGUUAAUGAGGCAGUUUGAUUAUUAUACAAGAAAUGAAGAUGACACCAAAACUUCAGAGAAACACCUGUUUAGGAAUAAAAGUGGACACUAUGUGGGCAUGUGUAAUUGAGUACAAGUAUACUAAAGUAUCAUUGGGUACACGUGACACUAUCUUGUUCUGGCCUGCACACAAAAGAGCGCUUUCCUUUUCAGUGAGAUGCAAAGAAAGGGCAACUUUGCUUCACAUGUGUCAAGGACAUCUGCAUUGCACUCCUGGGUAAUGUUUGGAAAAAGUAAAUUAAAUGUUACUAACAAAUGGUGGCGGUAACAGCAGCUGUCAAAUUUGGCUAUUUUGAAGAUCCCUUCCUUAUAUUUAGUCUCUAGAAGAUGGACUUUUUGAGUCAACAGUGACGAGGCAGGUCCCUUGGAUGUUUUGCACCACUGUUUCCUCAGACUUUCAUAGGUCACAGGAGCCACAGAGCCAGCCUGCAGCAAUUUACAGUUGUCCUCCUUGAUGUGCUACUAUUGCAGGAGGAUCUGCAGGUUUUUAAUGGACUCCUAGGAGUUGUGAGAAAUGCUCUUAGGAUGCACGGAGCAGCUGUCUGCUGCCAGUCAUUUCUUUUACUUUUAAGGCAUUGGAGGCUGUGCUUAAUUCUCAAAUGCAAGUUCGUUCAAAGGAAGAAAAAAAAGAUCAGUGAAACAAUUGGAAAGGCAUUUACUGCAAACGUAAAACUGAAGAAUAUAUACAUGUUUGGAGAAAAGACACAGCAGAAACCAGCAGGAUUGUUUGUUCUUGAUUCUUGUAUUAAAUGCAGAAAAAAUAUGCUUGCGAAAUAAAACCAAAGGUUUAUUUCAUGGAUUGUACUAAAGCUCAGAUAAAAAAUGUCCAAGGCAAAAUUAAAACGAUGAAUCACUUAUUAUAUUUUAAGGAAGAUAUUAGAUCUAUGUAUAUUGUACCUUUUUACAGUAAAAUCUCCAGGCCCUCAAGUGUCCAUUAUUUAUCUGAUUAUGUGUUUGACGACUUUGAACUGAAUAGUGUGCUAUUCAUUCCAGAGUUUGUUAUUGAUUUAGCACAACAGCUCCUGUUAGACAUUUUAAUUGUGCAUGCCUGUCCCUUCUGAAGCUGCCUUUUAAUUUAUUGCAUAUUCUUAUUACUGUAUGUUAAUAUUUAUCCACUUUAGAAGAUAAUGUUUUAGUACCUUUUUUUUUUAAGCUGUUGCAACAAUAGACAUUUGUGGCUUAAUUUAGCAGUUUCCAAUUUUAUCAAACAAAAAGAUGAUUUAAAAUUUCAGACUGAGUUAGAGAGCAGUCGGUAACCCUCUGGUGCUCCAGCUUUCAUUUGCUGUGAACUCAAAAAGGUAAAAACCGACUGCAGUGUGUUAAAUUUUAGAAAUGCUUUGCUUUGCCACAUCCUUUGUUGCACUUUUAAACAUGAAAUGUAAUUUUAAUUUUUGCUCGGUAGGCUGUGCAUUUUUUGGCUUUUAUGUGAAAUUUUUUUUUUUUCCUUCAUUUUUAAUUUUCUCCACAGCAAAGAGUUUGUCAUUCAAAACUUAUGGGAGCAAUAGUAAUUUUUAAUGUUUGUUUUUAACUACAUCCUAAUCCUUGUACUGUAUUUUGUGAUAAGGCAGCUGUUUUCAGUCCAAUGUGUGUCCUGCUGUAUUAAUAUGAUUUUAUAGUUCCUUAAAUGUUCAGAUUCUUUGCUGUGGAAUACCGGCGAAGAUAACAGUUUCAGCAGGUAGACUUUGGCACACUUCUAAGAAUUUGGGGACAGCAAGGUGCCGGAAUGUACUUGGGUGUUACAGUGCAGCGCUUCCCAGUUUGUUUCGAGUCAUUUCGCUGCAUGUUUGGGUGCUUGGUAAUAGGCAUACAAUUUGGCUCUGGGUGUAUUUUAAGGCACAUUGUUGAUAGACUGACAAACACAAAUUCUUUGGUCAUUUUGGAGACUUGGGUUUCUCUGCUGCCCCCCUUAAAGAACAAUUAAGAUACUCAUUUGUUGCACAUGUCUGUAAAAUGUGCUACAAGUGUGAUGUCGGCACGUCUCAGCAUGUCAGAAAAAGUGCUUCUCUUUUAGAGAUCAAUAUGGGUUUAUUGACUGAGUAAUAGGAUUUAGUACUAAUGUCAGUUAAACACCCCCAUCCUUAAAAUAUGCUGUGGAUGACACUUCUCAGAGUGCAUUGGUCACUGCUGUCCUAAGGGUGACUGAGACUUCUGUGGUGGUGUUUUUGUAUUUUUUUGUUUUCCUUCCCAUUGAAACCAAAACCAGCAAAAGUAGCUAACUGAAGACCAAUUAGUCAAUGUGAAUGGUGUUCUUCAUCCUUGGUUAGAUCAUGUAACCCACUAGUGCUUGUGAUCUGAAAUGUCUUUGCUGACACAUUAAAAAGAGACAAGGUUCAUACACAGAAAUGUUGAAUUGUCUGACAAUAACCGUUUUUGUUGCAAAGUCACCUUUAGUGUGGAAGAAGACUUGCAUCUUGGUGUUUUCUUGGCUUUGUAGGAUCACGCAAAUGCUUUGCAGCAAAAUGUUAGGAAGCAGUUUUGGAGAUGGUGCACUUUGGAGUUCUCAGCCUGAAGGAACAGAUAUGGGGAGUGUUCAGGGUGGGAGGGUGUGUGUGGUUGGCAGCCGUCUCUGGGGCACCUUCUGGCCAAAAGAGGAGCGGUCAGUGCUGUGUUCACUCUGUGAGCUUGAUUAGUGUCAGGGGGGAGCUCUGCCGUCCAGGGGCAGGAGGUUCAAGCAAAAGCUAAAUUUGAUCUAUUUUUUUAGGUGUUUUAAGUGUUUGGAUUUAUUCAAAACUAUUAAUAUCCAUUUUUUCAAACUCAGGAAGAGAUCCUUAUUCUCUUGUUAAGCUGCUAUAUAUAAUUUCUGAUGUAGUUGACUCUGGAGUCUCUGGCCAUAUAAAAUGAAUAUGUUCAGAUAGGCUGCGCUUCUCAGAGCCUGGCUUUUUUUUGCCUGAGUGGCACAAGUGUCUGGUCUGUGUGCCCAGGCAGCUGAGGUUGGAGCUAUCUGCUGUGUCUUCCUGUUGCUGCCAGCUGGCCCUGCUAGCCUCACACAGGGGCUUCAGCUGUCCACAGUUGCAGCUGUUGAACUCUGGCGAUUGAGGGAGCAAGCAUUUUAUUUCUGUAUUGCAUAAGAGUGCUGUCAGAAUCUUCAGAUGAGCUCUGCUGCAGUAUGGCACUUUUAGAAAGAAUUUGUCUUUCUUAUAAAAAAAAAAACUAUUUUUUUUUUUGUCAGUCCAUUUGCUUGUAACAGAUAUUAUUUGUGGAGGUGGAGGGAAGGGGGAUGUUUAAACAUUAGAAUUUAGAAGCCCAGAAAUGGGGUUUCUGCACUACCUCACAGUGAGACACAGAGUCAACCAGUGACCUUCAUGUCAGACAACCAGCAAACCCUGACAGCCCCUUCAAUAUGUAAGCCUUAAACAGCAUCCUUAAGGUAAUUUGAAAUGCCAGUGCUGUAUCAGCACUGCGUAAAACGCAAAGAAAAAAAUAAUUCUAUAUUAAAAAAAAAAAAAAUCACAUGAAACUUUUAUGAAAUGUGGAAUCCUAACGAUUCUUUUGUGGUCAUUUGUAAUGGUCACUAGGCCUGUUUUCAGUUUAGUUCAGAAAUGCUUGCUAGGUUAUUUUUUUGGUUUUAAAGUAUUGCUAUUUGUGCUGCUGUAAGAUGGCGUUUUUAAAGUAAAGACAAAAAAAAACUUCCAGAAAAAAAGAACUCUUAGGGCAAGUCCUGCCAGUGUUCUUUAUCCAUGGCUGCAUGUAAUGCUGUGAUUUUUUGCAAGAAAUCUUAAUGGAGCAGGAUCUGUGGGUGUUGGGGGUAUGAAGCUGUGCUUAAAUGAGCUAAAUUUCUUUGGGGGAAUACAUAUAUUUUCCUAAAUAGACUAUUGGUGUACUCUUCCACUCCUGCCACCACGUUAGCUUGCCCAAGCAGAAUGGUGGAUGGGAAGGAAGAGAUGUUGUAGCCCCAUCAUCUCAGAGUGGUGAACACAGCACAGAGCGAAGAGGGCCUGGACGUACCACUAAUCAACUAG